AUGAACCGAAUGCACAUCCCUACCCUGGACCAUUUCUUCCUCAUCUGCCACCCUGUCUGGUCUCACCACCAUCACACUGUUCCCUGGGCACGGAGACUGUUCACAGGGGUGUGGCCUGUUUCCGUCAUCCUUGGCGCUGCCUACCUGGCUUUCCGGCACGUGCAUCUGGUUUUCGUGGCGGUCCGGUUCCUGUUUCCGUUCUGCAUCAUUACAGGCUGUUAUUAUGGGAUGGGUCAGGAGAUCAAGAAGAGAAAGCUGGUCAGGACCAGAAAGCCUUUCCAAAUCCCGGUAGCUGCUGUGAUGUCCUUCUUUGUCUUUUGGCUCGCUUACCAUCUCAAGCUUUGCUACUUAUUACAUGGCUUCAAUUUCUGUUUCACCCCCAUUCUCUAUCUCUUGGUUGGGGAGAAAUUCCAACAGGUUUCCAAGACAUCCAUUUUUGCUUUGCUUAAGAGGGGCUUUAUGGAUAUUCCUGUCAUCCCCAUGGGCAAUGCCAAUGAGGAGUGCCACCGGACAUAUAGCCGGACAAAGCUGACGAUGACUCAGUGCAAUGAUCUGCCAUUCCCCUGA